AGCGGACUGGGUUGCGGUGGAGCCGGAAUUGAUGCACGGCCCCGCAUUCGCACGAAGGUGCGCGUCAUGCGCCGCCUUUUGGCGCGCCGACUCCGCUUGCUCCGCCAUCGCCUUGGCGCGUUCCAACUGGUCCUGCUCCUCUCUUGCAAGCCUCAGUGCUUCAAGGGCGGCUGCCGCGCCCUGCUGGCGGAUGGCGAUUCUCUCCCCAAGUCGCACGCAUACGGGAGACGGCGACUGAAUGGGGGAGGAGGGCUGGUCAGACAUGGGUUGGUCAGAGAGGGGUGCCCGAGAAGGGAGGCGAAUGCGCAGGCGAGAGCUAUCUGCGGGAUUCCCGUGGUCGGCCUCAUCCGGGGCCAGGUUCGAUGGGGUAGCUUUGGGUUGUGCAUCCCCAGGUGGGCCCGUGCGCGCGGUGGUAGUAUUCGAAGGACCAGGCGGCGCGAGAGAAGGGGCGUCCCUCGUGGUCGGGUUCGGCUUCCGCUUGGGGACCGUCGUGGGGGGUGGGAGAGUCUGCGCGGGAGCCAGCGGCGCGGCGUCUGGGGGUACCCCUUCAGCGUCGGGGACGCGGGUAUUAUGGCGGAGGCCGGCGGAGGAAGACAUGGGUGGAGAAAAAGCGCGAUUUUUUCGUGUGUGCUGAGACGAGAGCGACACUGCGAGCGUCGACGACGCGCGCGCCAACCAGUGUGUCAAUGUGUCACACUGUUUGGCCGUGCCGCUCUCGGCAUCAGGUCCUCGACUUCACCCGAA